CCGGGGGGGCCGGGCCCAGCCCGCCGCGUUACACAACCGGCCGCCGCCACAGGCGAGUUUCACAAGUCCCGCCGCGUUCGCCCCGCAGCCCGCGCCCACCCCGCGCACACCCCCGCGCCGCGCACCGCCCGCACCGCCCCCGCCCUGCCCGCGCCCAUGCCAUGUCCCCGCCGGGCUGCGGGACCCCGCGGCCAGCGGUAACCCCUGUCGCCGAGGGGGCACCGCGCCGGGGCUGGGCAUGGCACUGAGAGCGGCUCCGGGACGCGCAUCCUCCUAGACGGAUUAAUUUUUCUCCGUCUCUAUUUACAUGGUGAUAAGAAGUGCUAAUCCCACUCUGUCAGUCUGGACUGAUGAAUCUGAGGAGUAGAACAGAGCCCUGUGUUGUGUAAACGAACUGAUGGAUGAAGAUGAGAAGGACAGGGCAAAGAGGGCAUCACGCAACAAAUCUGAAAAGAAGAGGAGAGACCAGUUCAAUGUCCUCAUUAAAGAGCUUUGCACGAUGCUGCAGGGCCAUGGCCACCCUCUCAAGAUGGACAAGUCCACAAUACUGCAGAGGACCAUCGACUUCCUACAGAAACAGAAAGAAAUCACAGCACAGACAGAAGCCUGUGAGAUUAGACAAGACUGGAAGCCUUCAUUUCUUAGCAACGAGGAAUUCACCCAGUUGAUGUUAGAGGCACUAGAUGGCUUUCUCAUCGCUCUUACCACUGAUGGGAUUAUUAUUUAUGUAUCUGAUAGUGUUUCAUCUCUGCUCGGACACUUACCGUCAGAUUUGGUGGACCAAAAUAUAUUAAACUUUCUGCCUGAGCGGGAACAGAGCGAAGUGUACAAGCUCCUUUUUCCACAUGUGCUCAUGACAGAUCCUGUUGCAGCUGAUUUUCUAAAUGCAGAAAAACAAAUAGAGUUUUGCUGCCAUUUAGCAAGAGGCAAUUUAGAUCCAAAUGAACCCCUGAUGUAUGAAUAUGUGAAAUUUGUAGUGGAUUUUAAAUAUUUUACUCAUGUGCCUACACCCUCCUGUAAUGGCUUUGAGUCAGCUAUUGCACGAGCUUUCAGGUCAGCCACGGAGGAGCAGAUUUGCCUCGUUGCGACUGUUCGUCUUGUCACGCCGCAGUUCUUGAAGGAGCUCUGCAACGUUGAAGAGCCAUGUGAAGAAUUUACAUCGAGGCAUAGUUUAGAAUGGAAGUUUUUAUUCUUGGACCACAGGGCUCCACCUAUUAUAGGAUAUUUACCCUUUGAGGUUCUGGGAACGUCAGGGUAUGAUUACUACCAUGCAGAUGACCUGGAGCUUCUUGCAAGGUGCCAUGAACACUUGAUGCAGUUUGGAAAAGGAAAGUCCUGUUACUAUCGGUUCCUGACCAAAGGCCAGCAGUGGAUAUGGCUGCAGACACACUACUACAUCACCUACCACCAGUGGAAUUCCAAGCCCGAGUUCAUCGUUUGCACUCACCUGGUAGUUAGUUAUGCAGAAGUUCGGGCUGAGAGAAGGCGAGAUCUUGGCCUUGAAGAGUCAUCAAUUGAACUGGCAUCCUCUUCUCUAAAGAGCCACAGUAGCUACCUGGACGUGGGGCAGUGCGGCAGCAGCCAGGACGCCAGCCGGGAGGGAGUGUCACUGUCAUCCCACAGCUCCCGGCGCUCCUCGCACACCGCCCUCUCCGACUCCACGUCCACGUCAUCCAUGCGGCGCACGGACACCAGCACUCCCACGCGGCCGUCGGUGCCGGGGGGGCAGGCAGAGAAGGCAGCCCUGCGGCUGGCAUCAGUCGGAAGCACUCAGGCCAUAGCCACUCCUCAAGCCCCUGGUGAACACCUCCCUCAGCACCCUGUGGCUCAGCUGGCAGUCCCCUCCCAGCACCCUGUGAUGCCAGUGUACCAUUUCCCGACCCAGCUGGGGAUGAUGCAUCAGCUGAAAGAGCAGCUGGAGGAGAGGACUCGCAUACUGCAAGCUGACAUCAAGACUCAGCAAGAAGAGCUCCACGUCAUCAAGGAGCAGCUCCAGCUAGUGCAGGACUCCAACCUGCAGAUGCUGAUGCAGCAGCCGAUCCCCGUCGUCUUAAACAACGUGCAGCACCCGAGCCCCCGGAGGCCACCGCCCCAGGGGACACCCAGGCAGAGCACAGCCAAGAAGUCACAACAGCCAGGCCUUGUGGGGACGAAGCACUACUGCAGCACCCACCUGCCGUCACCGCGCCAGUUCCUCAGGGACCCCCACGGCACGGCUGCCCAGGUACAGCAGCAGCAGCACCUACUGAGAGGAAGCCAAGGCCAGCAAACGUGUCUGCCGGGGCAGGCAAGCAUUUCAGUGACCCUCUACAACAACCCCAUGGUGUUCUCACAAACACACCCCAUUGCAGUGGCUGCUCAGAUGCCGCCUGACAGCAGCGAGAGGCAACCCCAGUCCGACUACAGCCAGGACAGGAGCCUCAGGAUGCUGUUGGAUCAGUCCAUCCAAGCCAUGAUGCCUGCAGCCAACAGCAGUGGCCAGGCCGUGCAGAGCAGUGCCAGCAGGCAGCAAGGAAAAUUCGUUGCGGAGCAGCAGACCCUGCCUCCCCCAGCACAGGCACAGCCAGUUACCUGUAGCACCGUCCGACCUCCAGCCCCACCGCCCAUUUUCUCCCCAUCUCUGAUGAUCCCACACACCAGCUUCACGUCCCACCAGGCCAACACACCGGUUCAUCUCCACCAGUGGCCACAGCAGCAGGUUCAGCAGCACCGUCUCUACCUUCAGAUGCAAGGUCCUGAGCUGGUGCCUGGGGGUCCGACGCAGCGCAUCUUCCAGCCACCCCACGCUCCACAGCAGAACCCCCUGAGCUACUUCCUCCACCCACAGCAGCAGAGCCACCACACGCAGGGCCAGCCCUGCAACCUGCCUGACCUGCCCGAGAUGCAGCUGCCCUGAAUGUUGGCUCUGGGAGGCAGGGACCACGUGGCCGCAGCCGCUCAGCACCCCGGGCGCACGCAGAGGAGAGCGCGGUGCCGUCAGAGCACGGGACGGGUGAGGUCGGGCUCCGUGGGAAGGUGGUGGCAGGAGGAACAGUCCCUGAUGGGGAUGGAUGGCUCCAGGAGCACCCCAUCUGUUGGGAUUUCCAUGCAGCCAGUCCAUGAUGCUGCUCUGACAGCAGUUUGUGCCCUGGCCCUGCACCACGGUGCAGAUGGAGGCAGCGGCUCUCUGGCUGCAGGGAGGUCGGUUAUCAGGUCGCCACGAGGCUUGGUUUGCAAUGGAGAAAACCCUUUUCCAUUCAGGACUUCAGUGCUGAAAGUCACUGUGAAUUUAAGCCCAGCAUUUGAAGCACAUAGACAGACUGUACCGGUCUGCAGGAUGCCGUUGGAUUACCGUGUACAUAACUCAUGUUGCUGUAGUAAGUCCAUUGUGGAUUUUUUUCCCCCCUUUUUUCUAUACCUCAGUCCCACAGUUUUUUGUUUUCCAGGAGGUUGGAUAAUGCUGCUAAAUUACAUAACACCACUUUUGCCUGAAUUUCUUACUGUUGUUAUACCAGCUCACAUC